UUCUUCUACUCCAAUUGAAUAAUCCUCUCCUCUUCUCUCCCUUGCUUUCUUUCAACUUUUCUAUCCUUGAUCUUCGGCCUUUUCGUUUUCUCCUGCAUAAGGAAAAGGCGUGAAAUCUAUAAUCUAUGGGGAUGUUCCUUGAUGGAGAGUGGGAAUCGAUUUGCAAACUUUUUACAGUAGAUGAGUUCCCUGAUCUCGCUGCUAAUUUUCUUGAUUACUUUUCACCUGAAAGUAAGCACGACAUUGAUACUCUGGCUUAUGAUGUACAAUCAAGUAUUUCUCAUGCUGAAAAAAAAGCUGUUCCUCAUGUUGACAUUUUAUCCUGCAUUGAUUUCUCAAUGCUGAACGGGGAAUUUGAUGCCUCGUUAGGCUUAUUGUUUCCUAAUGAUACUCUAACUGACACCUCAACGUUUGACAACGUUGUCAAUAUUAAUACUUCUGUUGAUAUGUCAUCACCCAACACUGAGCUGACCCUUAAGAGAAAGCGUGAGGUGCCAGUGGCUCCAGACGAUGAUAAAGAUAAAAGGUCGAGCUUAAUGGAAACACCCAAAAAGAACGCCCGAAUUUCCAAAACUACUCAGAAGGCCAUGAGAAAAACAACCAAAAAAACUGAUGAGCACCCGACUCCAACAGUAAAUACAAGGAAGAACAAUGAAAUAGCAGAUUCAAACUCAGUUGACUCUAACCCCUGUGUGUCAGAAGAGAUCAAUGAAACAGAAGAUUCAACUUUCAAUAUAACCGAGUCUACUACCUCGACUGGUAAGAAGAGAGCCAGCAGGGGUGCUGCAACUGAUCCACAGAGCCUCUAUGCACGGAAAAGGAGAAUUAGAAUCAACGAGAGAUUAAGAAUCUUGCAGAACCUCGUGCCUAAUGGAACCAAGGUGGAUAUUAGUACAAUGCUAGAAGAGGCAUUUCAUUAUAUAAAGUUUUUGCAGCUACAAAUCCGGCUGCUGAGCUCCGAUGAUUUAUGGAUGUAUGCCCCCCUCGCCUACAAUGGACUCGACGUUGGAGCUUAUGGAAGGAUGCCUCCUUUUCUUGGCCAUUGAAUCUUCUAUACAUUCAAUUUUUUAUACUAUUUUGGUAAUAGAUAAAAGGUCAAAUAUAUGGUAGGUGAAAAUGAGAAAAUAAAUAACCAAAAAAAAAAUUCAAAAAAGGAAGAAGGUGAUAUUAAAAAUUAAUAGACAAUUCUUUUGUUUCAUUUGCAAGUAUGUAAAUUAAUUUAUGUAGUACUUAAUCGGAUUUCUGUAAAUGAAAUGGCACAAUGUUGAAGCAUAUUAUAUCUCAUCAAUUUUGAUUUUUAUU